CGUUCCCUUCCGCUUCUAGACUCGCGACACCACCUCCAGGCUCCAGCUACCCUCUACUGCCUCCCCUCCCGCUCAAUGCGCACCAUCUAAACCAUCAACUGUCCAAUCCUUCCCCUCCUGCAACCACACCAAAAAUUUCAACCAUGGCCGAACCCGCCCCUCCAGCACCCACCGCAACAACAGCCCCAACUCCAGGACCAACAACCAGCACACCAGCAGGAACAACACCAGCCCCAAUCACCAAUUCCACAAUGCCCUCCACCACCACAGCAGCAGCAAACUCCAAUUCCAAUUCCAACUCUAACUCCAACUCCAACUCCAAUUCCACCUCCAACGCAAACCCUCCCCCUUCCCAAGGUCCCGACUCCAACACCUCCGCCUCCUCAACCACAAACCGCGGCCUUCCCUACUAUGAGAAACUCCGGCGCGAACUCCGCGACACUCUCCAGAAAAAGCGCCUCAUGGAUAAAAGCAUGGCCCAACUCGAAGACCAAAUCUACCGCUUCGAACAAUCCUACCUCGAAGAAACCACCGCCGGAAACAUCAUCAAAGGAUUCGACAACUACAUCAAGGGAUCAUCGAGCGGAGCGGGGCUCGGAGGCAGCGGAAUUGCGCUAUCAGGCGGAGUAGGCGGCGGAGGAGGUGGUGGUGGCGCGGCGAGAAGAAAAGCGACGGUGACGGAUGCGGAUCGGGUGUUUUCGAGGAGUUCGGCGGGGUUUAUGCGGGAUUCGCCGGCUCCGUCAUCCGCGCAAACGACACCGUCACAUGCUGCGACUCCGAACUCGACGUAUAAUGGGUCGACGGGGAAACCCGGGAAUGGGGACGUGUCGUCGGCGGCGAAUAGUGUGAAGGGACAGUCGUCGAAGAAUAAGAAGAAGUCGGUGGGGAGUAAUAAGGAUAAAGGGGAGGAUGAUGGGACGGAUGGGGAUAGACCGCCGACGAAGCGGUUGAAGAUUACGUAUGGGCGGGAUUGAUAGAUCCGCUGGUUUGAUUGAUUGAUUGAUGGGGUUGUUGGUGUUGAUGGGUUUGCUUCUCUUUUCUUGUCUGGGUUGGCGGAGGCGCAGAUGCUAUCUUGGGCUCGCUGCAUCGGCUCGGUUUCUUAUAGUUUGUGAUAUCCUCUGUACUACUAGAUUGCAUUGGCACUGACAUGCUAGAUUAUACACCUCAAAAGGAUGUUUUCAUUUUGGAAUCAGAUACGCAAGACGAUUUCCCUUCGGCUGUCACGCGAUAGUGGAUAGAAGCCGAUUACAGCUGCAGUCUGUACGUCGCAACCUCGAAAGCCCUCAACUCGAUAUCAAUGCUCGUAGUAUCGCUAUCAC